GGAGUUGGUGAGGAGGAAGAGUGAAAGAGAAAGAACAGGAAGGAGGGAAAGGGAGGGGCAGAAAUAGGCUCAGAAGAACUUCCGUGUGUUUUGUCUUCGGCUCAAACAGCACAGGGAGUGGAGUGAGUGUUGGGAGACGCAACCGUUUGCGUCUAAACUAUUUCACCGCUGUAUUUUUCCUCUUCUAAUUCUCCAUUCUCUUUGCAUUAUUUUGGUUUUUGCGGAGCGUGCGUAAACAAACCCCUUGUCGAUACCAUGGAUAACUUCCAGACCGUCCUGCGCUUUUUCAUGAACCAGAAGGCCACCAUUGGCUACAGCUUCAUGGCCAUCCUGACCAUCGGGGGAGAGCGAAUCUUCUCCAUGGUCUCAUUCCAGUGCCCCUGCAACCACGACCAGAACUUUGCAUACGGCCUGACCUUCCUGUUGGGCCCAGGCCUGGUGCUUCUGGUGCUGGGUCUUUUCUUCAGCAGCAGGCUGUGGCGCCUCUAUACUGGCUGUUGCCUAAACCCCAUUAAGCUGUGCCCCAGGGGCAACUGUUUCGGCUGCCUCAAAGUGUUUGUCAAAAUCUUCUCCGGUGCCUGUGUGGCCCCUAUCAUGUGGCUGUGUGUGGCACUGUUGAACGGGACCUUCUACGAGUGUGCCGUCAGCGGGCUGGAUGAUAACCUGGUGGUGGAUCUGUUCUGUAAAAACAAGACCUUGAUGUGCCGGGAGGAGUUGGCCCGCGUGCCCUGCAGCAAGUCCAAGCUGCCCAGCGACGAGAACAUGGAACUGUUGCUCAUGUUCCGUGCUCAGUCACAGAUACUGGGCUGGUGUAUCAUCAUCAUUUCAGCCGUUCUAGGGCUCCUCGGGACCUGCUACACAAACUGCCGCUCAAAGGUCAGCUACCUGCAGCUCACCUUCUGGAAGCGCUACGUAGAAAAGGAGAAGGAGCAGUUUGACACAUUCGCUAUGGAGUAUGCAUCCAAGCUGGCCGAGAGGAACCUAAAGAGCUUCUUUGAGAACCGUGACCCGGAGAUAUUCCCAUUCCCCAACCACAAGGCCUGGGAGGAGAUCUCAGCCCUCUACACCUUCUCCAAGAGUGAGCAGUGCUACAGCACCCUUCAGAGGUAUGUGGAGCGUGAUGACCGAGACUACAGCCCUGAGAAAAGACCAGUCAUGGAGCUGGAGCACGGCAUAGAGAUGGGCUGAGAGAGGGGCAGACAAUGGCAGAGUAUGAAUUAUAGUAUAUCCUAUUUGUUUUACCUUCAUAAAUGACAUGCAGUAAGUACAGUAGAUUUAACUCACAGACUGAGAAGAAGCAUUGUUGCCUGCAUUUCCCCCAAAGCACUGACAUAUACACAGAGCACCAUUCAGAAAGUUAUUACCAGUGACACAGCAGUGAUUUACCAAAGAAUGCAGCCAUUGCAGAAGUGGUGAAACAGUAGGGCUUCUUGUCUGUGGGAACCCACAGUUCGAGAAUGGUCAUGAACACUAGCUGAUGCAAUGUCCCUGUCAUAACAAACACUUUGAUUUGACAAAGUCUCCUCUACCUCUCUUUGACAUGCCUUUGAAGCAUUUCAUUCACUUUACUGGUACAUAAUGGUAGGAGAGCCAUUGUAAUGGUAUAGUUUUAAUUGGGUAUUUUGUGUGUAAUAUUGCACCACAAUAUGAAUGCUACGUGAAUGACAGAGUUGUACCAUGCAAUUUGCUUGAAAUGUUUACCCAACUCAAUGUUUACAUUAUUAUGACAACCUGAGCACCAUAAAGUGUCUUUCUAUGGCAGUACAAGCAAAGCAGCUUACUUUAUAUUUUAUGUUAAUUUGGGACUAACUCUGCCAUUACUACAGUCCUGUUCAAUUAUUGACGUCAAUAGUAGUCAAUAAUUCACACAUUAAGAGGUAAUAAAUCAUGUAUGACAUACGGGAUAUUCUCACUGGAUUCUACAAAAACAUUUGUUGAACCUGUUUAUUGUUUUUCGUUCUCCUUUCUAACAUCUGUAAAAUCCCUACCAUGUAAUGUGUAAGCACUAAAUUAACAUGUACAUAGAACAUUAUUAGGACAUGUUGCAUCAUGCCUGAUAAAAAAAAAACAUUUUAGGGUGGUGAGUUUGUGUGUAAAAACGGUCCAUAUUCCACCAUGUUUGACUAAGAGGGGGAGAAUGCAGCCAUAUCGGUGUAGUUAUAGUACCUUCAGAAAGUAUUCAUACACCAUUACUUGUUCCACAUUUUGUUGUGUUACAGUCUGAAUUACAAAUGGAUUAAAUUGAUUUUGUUUCUCA